AUGCGCCGGUGGGUGCCUUCACUCGGCCUCCUGGCGUACCUAGCCGCCAUUGUCGCCGGAGAUGAAGUUCAAAUUAAACAAGAUGACGAACACCGCCAGCGGUGUUCAGGGAUGUACAGUCGGAAAUCUUGGGGCGGGUCAAUAGAUCCUUUCAUCCUCGUCAAGUUCCUUCCGGACCAAACCGAAGACAACACCGACCCGAUCGCAAGCCUCAUAAUUUUCGAGUGGCAAGAUGAGCCGUUGAUAGGCAGGAUGCCGCCUGGCGGGGAGUCCUACCGAGACCUCCAGACAAUAUGCACCACGGACGCUGUGGCACAAGGGUUAUGCGAAGAGAAGGAUGUAGGCACUUUCAUACUGGCCCCUAAUGCCACAGAGGCCUCGAAGAAUCCGAUCUCAAACGAAGCAAUCCAUUUGAAAGACCCGAAGGCCAUCAAUUACCCGAUCCGUCGAACGGGCUACUACUGCGUCUCGACGUACGCUUUCUCCGAUCACGAGUACAACGGUGUGGUGGAGUUCAGGAACGCAUAUGGUGAGCUGCCGGCAGCUCAAAUAGCAAAACUCCCAUUCUACGGCGGCCUCACCAUUGUCUACGCUGUGCUGGGGGUAUUUUGGGCUUUCCUCUAUUUCCAGAACCGUUCCGAUAUCCUCCCAGUACAAAACUACAUCACGGCCAUUAUCAUCUUCUUGAUCGUCGAGCAGCUGAUGACAUGGGGAUUCUACGACUAUCAGAACCGUCACGGUAACAACGCAGUCAACAAAAUGUUCAUGAUCAUCGUUUCGAUCCUCAACGCUGGACGAAACUCUUUCUCUUUCUUCCUCCUUCUGAUUGUUUGCAUGGGCUAUGGGGUGGUGAAACCGUCCCUCGGCAGGACAAUGAUCUACGUCCGCAUUCUAGCUGCCGCACACUUCAUCUUUGGAGUUAUCUAUGCCAUCGCGUCCAUGGCCGUCACCCCCGAAUCUGUCGGUCCCCUCAUUCUCUUCGUCGUCCUACCACUCGCAGGUACCAUGACAGCGUUCUAUGUGUGGACACUGUCGUCUCUCAAUGUCACCAUCAAGGAUCUUAUCGACCGCAAGCAAAAGACAAAGGCAAUGAUGUACAAGAAGCUCUCCUGGUGCAUUCUGGGAAGUGUGCUGGUCAUUUUUGCCUUUUUCUUCAUCAACAGCUUCGCGAUUGCCGGGUCAGGGGCCGCGAAUUUUGUGCCAGAGCAUUGGCAGACCAGAUGGUUUGUGCUAGAUGGAUGGUUGAAUCUUGUGUAUUUGUUCAAUAUUGCUUUUAUUGCAUAUCUGUGGAGGCCAACGGCGAAUAAUCGCCGGUUUGCGAUGAGUGAUGAACUCGCCCAAGAUGACGACGGUUUCGAGAUCCGCAGCAUCGCGGACUCCAUCGAUGAUGAUGACGAGGAGGCCGCCAACGCCCGAAAGGAUCAAGAAAGAGCAGUUCCCCCCUCCGGAGGCGGAGCGGCGACCUCGAUCACGGACGCCAUCGCUCACGAACCUUCUGGAGCCAGGAGGCCUUCCCCAGCACCUGCGCUCCAAAAUAGUACGCAGGGAGCACCGCCUUCCAAGCCUCCCAAUCCGCCGCAACCGAGGAUGUCAUUGGAUGGCGAGACGAUCUUUGCCGUCGGCGACGACGGGAUUGAAUGGAGCGAAGGGGAAGAUGAAGACAGCGAUGACGAGAGAAAGAAGUUGACCGGUAAAUGA